CCAAGCUUUUGCUAACAAUAUCUGUAACAACACUUACACUAACGGAAUAGGAAUACAGUGUUUUCCUUGUGAACCUGGUUACAUAGCAAUAGGCGACUGUCCUGGGAAUAUUACGCGUGCUAAAUGUGAGGAGUGCAAGGAUGGGACAUAUCAACCAGAAUGUGAUACUUUCAACGAAACUGUUAGUUGUAGAAACUGUACAUUUUGUGAUGUCUAUAAAGAAAACUGUACAAUAUACAAAGACGCUGUUUGUGAGCUGAAAAAUGAUACACAUGAUAGUAGUGAUGACAGCGGUGACCGAGUAACCCAUAUCGUGCUCUGGAUAACAGGAAUUGUGGUUACCGUUUUCUGUCCAAUACUGGUACUUUCCGUCAUAAGAUACCGGAAACUUGGUUACUAUGGUAACAAAAACCAAGAAAGUCAUCGUCAAAAACGUUAUAACCAGAAAACAAAACGUUGUAGUGGAGAUGUUGUGCAUAAAACAAACAUAAAAGAGUUUAAAGAUAAACCCAGUAAACAUAACCUUGAUUGCAUUGAUUUAGCACCGAAAUCCAACAAAAAAGAAAAGCACAUUAAUGUGGUCCGUCCACAUAUUGAACCAAAGAGCAAUGGUGACUCAUAUCGAUGCGUUAAUGAAUAUACACCGCUAGAUGUUGAACUUCGUCAAGACGAAGAGAUUGGAUUAUCAUCAAUCAUGCAGGAAACUGAUGACUCUUCUCGAUGCGAAAUUGAGAAUACACCACUGCUAGCUGUCCGAUGCGAAAUUAAGAAUACAACGCCGCUAGAUGUGGAACUAAAUAAAGACGAAAGGAUUGGAGUAUCAUCGCUAGCGGAACCUGAUCAAAUCACUGGAUACAUUAAUAUCUGCAGUAAAUCCAGAGAAGUAAAUAUGCAAGAUUCAUCAAAGUUCAGUGAUGAGUCAACAGAUCAAAACAUUAAUUACGAAUCAGAUGAUGACAAUGAAACAACACCAUUAAACCCAAAGGAAACUGAAAGGCAAAUUGCUGUGGUAUAUCCAUAUGAUGAAGCAAAGAGCAUUGGUCGCAAAGAGGUUGGACACAUAGAUGACAGAUUACAACAAAUAACAAAGGAAAGUCUUCAGGUAACUGGAGACUAUGAGAAUACAGAGGCACGGGGAUCAGAAUUCAAAAUCAAAGAAAACCAGUUAUGUCACAGAUCAGGGGACCAAUCAUUAUCUUCCAUGGAUCUAGAUAAGGGUACUUCCGAAUUGCAAAUAAACUGGAUAAAGGUUUUCUUACAAUUAUCAAGAUCUUUUCCUGCAUCAAAGUGGAAAUUAUUUGCAAUUGAUUUACUCAGCAAUUGCCAGCAGAUGGCGAAAAGCGUUCAUGAUACAGUUGAUGAAAUUGAGCUAGAAGCAAAGAAUCAGCAUACAGAAAGUUGUUUUAUUCACGCGUACAUAAAAGUAUUCAAUAAAUGGCUUGACAAUUUGGGCAGGACAAAUGCAACGUUUGAACAUAUAAAAGAUGCUGUUUCUGCGACAAUAGAGGCAAAGGAAGCUUUAGAACUAGUUCUUUCUAUCGAAAGGAAACCCCCAUUGAAAGGGACAACACCAAUGCCUUUAGUCCCGUACAACUUAAACCAAACAUUUGGGAACAACUCCACACAUUCUCAACAGUAUAUGGCAUUACAUGAUGAUGAAGUACCGGGGAAUUCUAAUUACGCGAGAGAUGUAUAUGUCACAUCAAGACACGAAACACAUAGGGUACAAGUGGCCCAUUGCCCCUACUGUUCUAGGUAUACUACAAACGAAGUAUCAAAUCUUCAGGAAACAUCAGUUCAGUUAAACAAAACCAAAGUUGAAACUAAUUGCAAUAAUAAUGAUAAAAAUACUGUCAAACGAGAACGAAAUAAAAAGCGAAAGAAAGAUCAAUCAAAAUCAAAACCACAGCAACAUAAACGAAGUACAACUGAACAGUAUAUGAUUGACAAUGCAAAAGAAAAUUUGCUUUAGAUUCUAUACCAAUUCGUCAAAAUGACUAUAAAAUGUUUAUGAAUUUUGUUCUCGACCUUGUUUCGAACGAAUGUAAUGUUGGCAAAGAAACGGUAUUAUCAAUUACACACGAAGAAUUCUGUGAAGCUCAAGAAAUCAAUACAAAGGAGAAUGACACAUUUUUUCUUGUGAAGACUGGAAAAACAAAUCUUUUUAUUGGAAAAGAAGUAUACGAGGAUUUAGCUGUUUACGGAAAUAUCGCACGACCAAAACUCUUGACAUAUCUGAAGGCAAAAAAUAUUGACUAUGAUAGUUCCGCUUCAGAAAGGUUUUUAUUCAUAACAUUCAAUGGGAAGCCACUCAUGGAAAAUAAAGACGAUAAAAAUGUGAGCAAUAUUGAUGCAAAAGAAAAGGCUACCGAGCAGAAUAUCCAAGUUAAUCGUAAAAAUGAUCCUUUUGUUAGAGUAUGCCCCGACAUGAAAGAAUCUGAAGAACACGUGAACAUAACAACCACUCUUAAACAAAACCCUUCCGAUCAUCUGUGUGAUUCUGAGCAGAGCAUAAAUAGAAUCGGAAAAAACAACACAAGUAUUGAAGAUGAAUUUUAUCCGGGAGCAGCAAUUACUGAACAUGAUAAAAAAGAACUAGACAACAAAGCAGGGAGCGGACAAGACACAAUAAGAAUAAAGGAAAAAGAGAACAAAAAAGAGGAAACCAAUUAUUUUGACUUG